CAACAUGCUGUUUAUAUAUUUUCAGAGGCGAGGUGUUUUUUUCCAGUCUUGGUUUUUAUAAGUGGCUGAUCUUUCCAGUGGAUUUUGGGAUGGUGAUUUUGGAUUGACGCUGCAAAAGAUGUUAAAGAGAAGUCACAAAAACAAUCGCACACAAUGCUUUGAAGUAAAGUACUUUUACCAACCUUACAGAGAGAGACUGUACCAAUAGGAACUGAGAUGAAGGAAGAUAUGGGUAGAAACAGUUGAAUCUGGACUUCGCUUCCUUAUGAUCUGAGUAUGAAAGAUCAUGUUGGAAAGACACAAAUAUUGGAGUAAAACAACAAUUGUUACAAUCUAGCUGUUUGAUCUUUAAAAUAUUUUGGAACGGUAAUCAAUGAAAUUUUUUUGAGAAGUGAAUGAUUAUUUCUUUAUGAAUAGAAACAAAAAACAACAGCAAGAAGCAUGUGAAACAGGACAGGAUAAUAACCGCUUAUUUGAGGUUAAUUUGUGUAUGGUUAUAAUACACUGAAACAGGGAUUGUGGGGAUAUUCUGGUGGAUUAUAUGUUAUCACUUUGGCAAUAGAUCUAUUGUCAGUUUAUACAACAGAUCAAAAAGAACACUGGUUGAAAUUACCUUUUUUGAACCCUGAUAAAUGAUGAAAGGUGUCUAAAUGGAUCACUGUUUGAUGGUUUGUUUCCUACUUUAAAAAAAUUACCAGAAAUUAGUGUUUUAUGUGAGAAAGAUUUGAAAGGGGAAAUCAAAACUAGAAAAGCUGAACAUGCUUAAAAGAACUUUGAAGCCGAAUAUAUGUGAGGCAUUUAAUGGGUGAAAAUGUUAACAGGAUGGACAGUUGUGGAUAUUACUUGACCAUGUAUGUUACGACUGCAACGCUAUUCAUCUGAAAAAAAAAAAAAUUCAAUGAUCGAGCUGUGUCUGUGAAAUAAGUAAUGUAUAAAUCAUUUUUUAUACGUCACUUAACAAUAAUUGGAGUUUGAUAAGCAGGAAAUGGAUGGCGAUAUUACAGAUUUCUAAUAAAGGUAAUGAGUUGCUUAUUGGCUGAAAAACAACCAUCAUAAUGAAGAAAAUGUACAACAGGAUGAGCCAACAGAUGCCCAGGGUCAUUUUCCUCCUCUUCUGUCUAUCGAUGAUGUCCAUGAUGUAUGUGGCAAAAUUCGGAGUCUACAUGGACGCUCAGUUUCGAAGCGAGCGGCGCCUGGUCGAGUUCUCGAGCAAACAGCCCAGUGAGAUUGAGCGAGAUUCCUCGAGGGAAGUGGUGGCGUCCCUACAAGAGAGGAUACGUAACCUUGAGAAUCUCCUGGCAUCGACCAGUGAGAAAGCCAAGCAUCUCACUAGUCAGGUCACCAACCAAACGCUGCUGAUACGUUCGCUGCAGGAGUUUAAAAAUAGCACUGAGAAGAAUAUGGAAUCCACCUCUACCAGGGUCAGCUCAAAUACCUCUGAAAUAAUGACGGACAUUUUGAACAACGCCGAAAUUCUGAAAGGUGUCGCUUUAAAAUCUGAGUACGAGCUCAUUCCAUUUACUAAAUUUACAUUAAACAGGAUUUUUCUCGUCGAGCCAGGUUUAGGUCGAAGAGUGGUUGAAAAGCCGAUUGGAUAUAAGAGGAAGGAUAUUAACGAUGUCAUCUUGUAUGCCAUGGGUGAAUUGAACAAACGUAGGACCGCUGACAUGAAGUUGUACGAGAUGGAGGAUUUCAUAGAGGGGAUGUAUCGCACUGAACCUUUGACGGGCACACAGUACGAGCUAUAUUUCAGAGAUAUCGAUAAUUCUAAUAAAAGAUCCUCGUAUAAAAAAAUUACAGUCGUCAGACCCUUUACAACUUUGUACAAUGUUGAGGAGACUUCUAAAAACACUUCUGACACCUGGAUAAAUUUGGUGCUUCCAUUGUCGGGAAGGAAAGACGCCUUCCAGCAAUUUUUGUCUCGCUUUAUCCGAGUUGUGAUCAAUCAGGACCAACGAGUGUUUCUGACUGUGGUUUACUUUGGUCAGGACGGUCUCGAAGAUGUGAAAAAUCUCAUGACAUCCACUGCAAAAACUUAUCGAUAUAAACAUAUGAAGCUUGUUACACUAAAGGAAGAAUUUUCCAGAGGGAGGGGUUUGCAGGUGGGCGUAUUGAGUUGGAAGACCAAUGACGUUAUAUUGUUCCUCUGUGAUGUGGAUAUUGUGUUUAAUGUAGAUUUCUUGGAACGAUGCCGACUUAACACGGAGAAAGGGAAGAGGGUGUAUUUUCCCAUCGUGUUCAGUCUGUACAAUCCCAAUGUUGUGUACAGCCUUCAGGACAUGCCCAUUCCGGCGGAAAAAGAACAACUAGUCAUAUCAAGAAACACUGGCUUCUGGCGAGACUUUGGUUACGGUAUGACCUGCCAGUAUCAAUCAGACUUUAAGUCGGUGAACGGCUUUGACGAGUACAUUUCAGGGUGGGGUGGCGAGGACGUGUUUCUGUAUCAAAAAUUUGUUAAAAGUGACUAUAUGGUUAUUCGGGCCACUGAUCCGGGCAUUUUCCACCUCUGGCACGCCAAACAGUGUGACCCGAAGCUGAACUCUGAGCAGUACCGAAGUUGUAUACGUUCCAAAGCACUCAACGAGGCAUCGCAUGCGCAACUGGGCUUGUUGGCCUUCAAGGACGAAGUGCGACUGCACAAGUCGCUGGCGGGAAACCAGACUGGGCUGCCCCCUCAGAUUGGUCUGAUCGAUGGACCUUCGUUGAUCAGAAGUCACGAGGCUCGGGAACCUGUUAGAUGACACAUGAUACCUCAAUAAAUAGAGCCUUGUUCUGGAAAAACUGGGCUUAAUGCAUGUGCAUAAAGUGUCAUUCCAGAUUAGCCUGUGCUAAUCAGGCUUUUCCGGGAUGACACUUUCCCCUUUUGUUUAUUUUUUGUUUGUUUAAAGUAGGCCUUUUUUAAACGAAAAUAUUGUUAAAGCGGAAAGUUUUGUCCCUGAUUAGCCCAAAGGACUGCACAGGCUUAUCUUGGAGAACCCUUUAUGAACAUGCAUUAAGACCAGUUUUCUCAAAAUAAGGCUGAUAUAGUAGAUGGUAGUAUAUUUUUGUAAUUUUGUGUACAAUUAAAAUCACAAGUAUUUUUGUAUUUCUUAAAUCUAUUGUUAAUUGACAGAAAGCUAUUUUCUGUUUUGAAUAAUUGAACAGUGUUACAACCUAUCAAUUUAUGUUAAAAUUUUUAGAGGAAAGUUUAUAAAAAAAAUAGGUUUACAGAUUUGAUUUAUUUUAAAGACAAAUCAGUAUUUUAUUUGUUUGUG